AUGGUAUUCUAUUUGGAGCACGUGAUUACGGGCGAUCGGGUUUUUCUGGACGAAGGCGAAAACACCCUAGGACGCGACCCCGACUGCAGCUUUAAAAUGGAGUACGACUAUAUGUCCCGGAAACACGUCACCAUCUUAGUUGAAAAUGGCAAGAUUUUCGUAAAGGAGCUGGAGUCCCGCAAUGGCACAUUUGUAAACUAUGUGGGUUUCCGGGUUAGUAAAGAAUAUCGGGAAAUCUCCGUCGGCGAUGACCUUCUAUUCGGGAUUAUAGUGCCUUACGAUGUAUUGGUUCACAAAUAUCCGCCUACGUUAGGCAUUUUCACUCUUAUGGAGGAGGAGCAGGACACUGAAGAUUCUGUGGACAGUAGCCUAAAUCCCGCGGAUAAAAGUCCAAAUCUUCAGGGCAGUAACCCAGAAUGA